UCAGACGCACCGGCAACGGCUGUGAAAAUGAAACGUCUAUUGCCUCUUUUGGACCGUGUGCUGAUCCUGCGCGCCGAAGCCCUAACCAAGACGAAAGGAGGAAUAGUUAUCCCCGAGAAGGCCCAAUCGAAGGUGCUCGAAGGAACAAUCGUAGCUGUCGGACCCGGUGCUCGAAACACUCAGACCGGCGAGCAUGUACCACUGGCAGUGAAAGUCGGCGAAAAGGUGCUGUUGCCAGAGUACGGAGGCACAAAGGUGGAGCUGGGCGACAGUAAAGAGUAUCACCUUUUCCGGGAAGCUGAUAUUCUGGCAAAGAUCGAAUAA